AUGGCCUGGUCGGCUAGCAAUGCCAGGAUGAUCGAGAUAACCCCAGUACCAGGAAUGUCACCUGUUGAGGAAGAAUUCGGCACCACAUCCAGUAUUCUUAGCUCACUUGCAGUGAGCAUUUUUGUCCUUGGAUUUGCUGCAAAAGGUGACAUCACCAGUUGCCCAAAACAGAACUUGAGGAAAGCUAGUCUCCUUACCCACGAUCUUUUCAGCCCUUCGACCUCUGGAGACUUCUCCACUCCACGUCGCUUCACUUCACUUCAGGCAAGCCGACAAGUCCGAUAA